UACAGAAGAGAGAGUCCAAAGUCUGAUUCCCAGCAAAUGGCACUCCAGCAGCUGGACCUUCAGUGGAAACCAUUUGCUGGGUCAUUUAUGCGCACAAUAGUUCAUUUGUUCUAACUGUUUAAAAAAAUUAAUUGAUAAGCUUGAAAAAUGAACAUGAUUAUAGUUGAAUUUUCUCCCAUAAGAGAACAAGCCAUACUGUAUUGGCUAAUAAUAAGAAAGGAUAAAAAAAAUAUACACAGUUCUGGGUGGCUUUCUCAAAUUUUAUUUCCACUAUGAGUCUGUUGUUCCACGAAAAGCUUCACUUAAAAGAUUAAGAGGUUUAAGCCAUUGAUCGUUACAAUGUGUGGCCAAACCCAAACUAUUUUUAUAGAAACAAAGACGGACCUUUCUUGGUUUGAUGUUGCUUACUGGAGUGGGUUUCCAUUGUGGAUUCUACUUGACCUUGACACCAUGCAGGAGAGCUGCUUCUAUGCCUCACUGCACCAUCACCAUCAACAGAAAGUGAAAGCUCUGUGAGCUUCUCCAAGACGUGAGACCUUCAGAACUCUUGUCUUUCUCCUCUUCUUUUCUGACUGAGAUUUCACUCUCUCCAAAGUAAGGGGAAGAAGAAAAUGGAUCAGUUACGCAGGGCAAUGGAUUUCUGCAUUCGCCACCAGACCGUUCUGGGCUACAGUAUCGUGUCCCUUCUGACGGCUGCCAGUGAGCAGAUUUUCUCUUCUGUGGUGUUCAAGUGUCCCUGCAAUUCUGGGAACAUGUUGUAUGGUUCCACCUUCCUCCUAGUGCCUGCCUUCAUCCUCUUUCUGCUUGGCUACAUGGUGAAUGCCAGGACAUGGCGCCUGCUGACGGGCAGCUGCCCUCCAGAGAACCGCUGCAGCUGCAGCCCCUGGGGAACCUGCAUCCGCUACUGCCUUGUGCUGGCAGUGGUGACAGCCAGAGCCUUGGUGGCCCCCUUCACCUGGAUCGCCGUGGCGCUGCUGAGAGCAAACUUCUAUGAGUGUGCAGCCAGUGGGAGCAGCCUGAUAAAGGACUUUGUCUGUAAAGGUAAAGGACAAGAGUGCCACAAGUUGCUGGUCAAAAUACCCUGUGAUGAGAAGUUAUCAAAGAAUAUAACAGCUGAAUAUCUCAGCCUUCAGGCACAGUCCCAGGUGAUAGGAUGGCUCCUGAUAGCCAGCAUCAUGACUGUGGCACUGAUUGCAAUGUGUAUCAGCCGCUGUGGCUCCCCAGUUAGCUAUCUUCAGCUCAAGUUCUGGAAAAUCUACUCAAAAAAGGAACAAGAGCAAUUUGAGAUCAAGGCUAAAGAGCAUGCAACCAGGCUGGCAGAAAUAAAUAUGAAUUCCUUUUUUGAAGGCACUGAUCCAGUACUGUUUCAGACUCCCAGCAAUGAAGACUGGCAGAAGAUUUCUUUCUUGUACACGUUCAAUUCAAAAGAGCAGUAUUACAGCAUGAUACACAAGUAUGUUAACACAAACAGAGGCAAAAGCAUCAGAUUUGGGCAAGGAGGUCAGAAUCCCACUGUUUUAGAAUUUGUGGAUGAAGCAAGCCCAAGUGAAUCAGGGUUUUAAUUAAACAAAUCCUUUGCAGUGCUGGAAAUCUUUUAACUCUAUUGACAUAAGAAGAAUCUUAUUCUGUACUCUUAUUGAAAUACACAAACUGUAUGUAAAAGCUGAUAGUUGUUACCCUCGACAGAUUUGUUUUUAAAUACACUUUACUACUUUUGCUUAAGUACAUUGAA